AUGCGGGAGCUGAGCGGCAGAUUUCCUUCUUACGUAGCUGGACAUGUUCGCAUGCGAUUCAGCUACAACGCGGGGAUUAGCGCGUGCGAGAAAGGCAGGCAAUGGCAGCGGGCUCUGUCAUUGCUUAGUGACAUGUGGGAGGCGAAGUUGGUGCCCAACGCCAUCAGCCGCAGCGCUGGGAUCCUAUCUUGCGACAGAGGCGGGGAAGAGCAACGGGCGAUUUGGUUGCUCACGGAGACGUGGGAUGCGAAGCUUGAGUCCAGUGUCGCAAGCUUUAGUGAUGCACUCGUCAUUGCAAUGCGCAGGUAA